CCUGCAUCGUCCGUAUACUAUAAGACGUUCAGGGAUUUAUUCGGGCCACCAGAUACUUUUUCACCAAUCGCUACAUCAUGACCACUCUUUCGGGAGCCGCAUUGCUCCUCGCAAUCAUCGCCGCAUGUCACACCCAGUCGACCCCUUGGGCUACUUCGUACACAACAGUAACAGACUCCACUGGUGACCAGUUCAUAUGUAACAAUGGCAGGCACAUCCCAUCCCAAUGGGUGUGCGACAACGACGUGGAUUGCGAAGACGGUGAAGAUGAAUAUCAGCAGGGAGCGUGUGUGGCGUCAACCUGUUCUACCUUCGAUGCCUGUAGUACACUACGAGCCCUCAACGUGUCUGUGCAGUACCUAUUUAGGGACAUCAGUAGACACCCUUCAGUUCGUAUGGGUGGACUGACAUACUUUUCAUUUAAUGACGUGAACGUGCAUGAGACGGGUUACUUUUGCGACAUCAUUCCUGUCUUGGAAUUUGAGCUUUCGUUUUCGAACGCUCAGCUCCGUGUGACGCUGGAAGGAGAGAAAUAUCUAAAUGCUGACUACGUGGAGUUUCGUGGAACAGUCGUCAACGAUAAAUACUGUGAUUCGCAUUGUAUCUGUAGUAAGUGCAGUUUCGCUGCUGCAUCUGUGACGGUUAGAAAGUAUAAUGUGAGUAGCACUGACUUGCCAGAUUAUUAUCAAGAAGCGGCUGUCUCUGUGUUGGGCAACACGAUUGAAGAGUACCUGCGCAAACAAUCGAACUAAAGGAUGUAGCUGAUCAUUGAAAAAAGACUGAAAGCUGCCCCAUGUUAUUCCAACAAAAAUCGCGAUAAAACAUAUAGCACAAAAGUAUAACCUGCCCACAGGACAAGUCGUGAAACAGAAGAGAAGAAAGCUUAAAUUGAAUUCCCAAAUACCUUAUGCAGAGGAGGACCCAGACUCCCGUUUUGGACGGGGGGUAGGGGGUCUUUAUCGGAGUGCGGAUUGGGGGUGGGGAGAGACGGAAAUCUAAUGUAUAAACUGACGUUAAGGGGCCCUCCUCCCUCCCCCCGAUCUACUAUACUGACCUUAUUUCGAAGUGCAGUAGAACAUAUGGAAGCCCGUCGUUGGGGGGUGGGGGUAAUGGCCGGAUCGGCACGCCGUUGUUGGCCACACAGAAGUGGGCGUCGUCACGACUAUAGCCAAGAAAAGAAAGAAAGACGGAUGGAGCCCGUCUCUGGAAUGCUACAGAGACACACUUGGCACACAUGGCAUGCCGAGAGAAGAAAAACAGCAACCGCGGGAUACGUGUGGUAGAAUUACAUAUGUUAUAAUUAAUAUGCAUAAUAUAGUUAUAUACGAAGACAAGUUAAAGUUGGGGUUUUCUUGCCCAGAGUUAGUUGAUGUACUGCGCAUGCACUGUUUUUUAACAUUGCGUUUCGGCAUAAAACUGAUAAGCCACUAUUCAUAUGGUGGUGAAAUUAAAUGUUUUUUUAUAAAAAUAUUGUCAGAUGAUGAGCACUGUUUUUCACCAAAAUAAAUUGUACUUCAAC